AUGGCGAACAAAGUGGGAGGCACAGAUGGUGGGAACACCGCCGAUACGACCGUCAUGAAAGGUUGGUUGUACAAAUGGACUAACUACAUUAAAGGUUACCAGAAGCGCUGGUUCGUGCUGUGCAACGGCACUCUGUCUUACUACAGGAACAAGACCGAAAUUGGCCACACGUGCAGAGGGUCGAUUAACUUGCAAGGCGCGUUCAUUCACACCGAAGACUCGUGCAACUUCGUCAUUAGCAACGGCGGCACACAGACGUUUCAUCUGAAGGCGAACGGCGAGGUGGAACGUCAGAAAUGGGUGACGGCUUUGGAGUUGGCACGAGUUCGAGCGAUCAAAGCGGCCGAAUCAGACGAAGAAGAAGAGCUGAAGUACGAAAGUUCAGUAGGUGAGGUAGACAGAAACGAGAUGCAGAAUAUGGUGAAAGUUCUGCAGGCGAAGUUGGAAGAUCUGACUACGUGUCAAGAUUUAAUAGGUACUGUUACGUUUAAUGGGCACAUUUCGCCAUUCAUUUAGUA